GGGGAAGAAAAGGGGCCAUGGCCUCAGGAUCAGCAGCCGCCACCUCCACCAGGGCAGCGCGAGGAUGAACAGGAGAAAUCUGGUGGGGACAAGAGGCCCGCCACGGAACCUGUCUUUAAGGUCCUAGACACACCUCUGAGCCCUGGUGGGGACAAGAGGCCCGCCACGGAACCCGUCUUUAAGGUCCUAGACACACCUCUGAGUGAGGGUGACGAGCCCACAACGCUGCCGACCCAGCGGGACCACGGGCACAGCGUGCAGAUGGAGGGCUACCUGGGCCGCAAGCACGACCUGGAGGGGCCCAACAAGAAGGCCUCCAACAGGUCCUGGAACAACCUGUACUGUGUGCUCAGGAACAGCGAGCUGACCUUCUACAAGGAUGCCAAGAACCUGGCUCUGGGGGUACCCUACCAUGGGGAGGAACCCCUGGCCCUGAGACAUGCUAUCUGUGAGAUUGCAGCCAACUACAAGAAGAAGAAGCACGUCUUUAAGCUGAGGCUGAGCAAUGGCAGCGAGUGGCUCUUCCACGGCAAGGACGAGGAGGAGAUGGUGUCCUGGCUGCAGGGCGUGAGCACCGCCAUCAACGAGUCCCAGAGCAUCCGCGUCAAGGCGCAGAGCCUGCCCCUGCCGCCCCUCUCCGGCCCCGACGUCAGCCUCGGCAAGAAAGACAAGGAGAAGAGAUUCAGUUUCUUCCCCAAAAAGAAGUAGCAGCAGGCGCCCAGCGCGGCGGGGCGGGGCGUGCAGGGACCUGGACCUCCGCGCCUUCCUCCCGCUGCCUGCCGCCUGCC